AUGGCCCACCCAGAUGCGCAACCCGUCGAGGAGCACGAGUAUGACUAUGAAGCUCUACCGCCAAAUUUUUCGUUGGUCCAGAACAUGGCUGCAGGCGCGUUUGCUGGCAUAGCGGAACAUACUGUCAUGUACCCUAUCGAUGCAAUUAAGACUCGCAUGCAAAUCCUCAAUCCAACCCCCUCGGCUGUCUAUAACGGCAUGAUACAUGGAGGAUACAGAAUAGCUGCCGGGGAAGGAUUUAUGAGUCUGUGGCGAGGCAUGUCAAGUGUGGUGGUAGGAGCAGGACCCGCCCAUGCUGUCUAUUUUGCUACAUACGAAGCUGUAAAACAUGUCAUGGGAGGCAACCAAGCCGGCAUGCAUCAUCCACUUGCUGCGGCCACAAGCGGUGCUUGCGCAACAAUUGCGAGCGAUGCUUUGAUGAACCCAUUCGAUGUUAUUAAACAGCGCAUGCAAAUCCAUAACUCAAGCAAGAUGUACAAAUCCAUGUUUGACUGCGCGAGAUAUGUCUACAAAAGCGAGGGUAUUUCCGCAUUCUACGUCUCAUACCCAACAACCCUUUCUAUGACCGUCCCUUUCACCGCGCUCCAAUUCCUCGCAUACGAGUCGAUUUCGACGGCGAUGAACGCGACCAAGGCUUAUGAUCCAUUGACGCAUUGUCUGGCUGGCGGUGUUGCAGGAGGAUUUGCCGCGGCCCUGACGACUCCGAUGGAUGUGGUGAAGACGAUGUUGCAGACGAGAGGAACAGCCUCGGAUGCUGAGUUGAGGAAUGUAAACGGGUUUAUGCAGGGUGCUCGGUUAUUGCAUGAGAGAGAGGGCUUCCGAGGUUUCUUUAAGGGAGUCAGACCUCGUGUUGUUACGACAAUGCCCAGUACUGCUAUUUGUUGGUCGGCCUACGAGGCUUGCAAGGCAUACUUCAUCAAGCAGAAUGAUCUAGUGGUCUAA